GCGUCACUAACUCUAGUGUCUCUAGUGGCUCUAGUGCUCUAGUGGACAAGGCACUUCGCACAGAAAAGAAAUGUUUGUUGUUAAUAAGUUUACAGCUUUGUUAGCUUCUUUAAACAAAUUUGCGUUAUCAGGCUGUAUUAAUAAAUAUGUACUUCUAUGUGGGCAUACCGAGGCUAGACCUCUGUGGCGGUCCACCACAGUUUCACAUCUUCAUUCCCUGCCAGUGACACAGAAUAUGAUACUAGCGUCAUCAGAGACCACAGAAGAGGAAGAGAAACAGUCAAAUGAGCUCAUCUCCAAAGUUAACAAGCAGCUGCAGCAGCAGAGAGAGGGACGCUUAUUUGCUGUUGUGCACGUAUGCGGCAAGCAGUUUAAAGUUACAACCGAGGAUAUAAUCAUCAUAGAGGGGAACUGGGCUCCACAAAUUGGAGACAAACUUAAACUUGAAAAGGUAUUAUUGGUUGGGGGUUCUGAUUUCUCCCUGAUUGGACGACCGAUUCUCUCUUCUGAGCUUGUAUCGGUUCAUGCAACGGUUAUCGAAAAGGCCCUCUCGCACAUCAAAACAAUAUUCAGGAAGAAAAAGAGGCAACAAUAUCAGAGGAUAAACUUUAAGCGCACCCCACACACCAUGCUGAGGAUAAACAGCAUCCAAGUAAAACCAGAAGUCAAUGUCAAGAAGGCUGUGGAAGGGCUUGAAGGCAGAAUAUUUUAAGCUUCACAACCGAAAUCGGUACAGGGGGGUGCGUGUAUCAGAUCGGCUGCGACUCUGAUUCGUCGAGUGCUCCUCCUGAGAUGCCAGUUCUUCAUCCAGCAACAGGUCAAAGUUUCCAAGAGCCUCAGGUGAUGGAACCUUAUUCCAACGAACACUGAUAACAGAGCAAAUGCAUGUGAAAUAAGACAGCAGUUACAAGUAUGGAACUGGAAAGUGACCAUAUUUUGAAAUUAAUCUGUCAACACACGACCCAAUAAUCACAUUGAACAUCAUAGUCUUAUUUAUAUUUUGGAGGUCCUGGGUUCAGGUCUUGGACCAGAGACUGGCUAUUCUGCUAGUACAGUACCAAAAAUUAGGCAACAGCUGCUUCCUUCCCCAUCCUUUCCAGUUCAUUACACAGUAACUAUUCAACAUUAUACAGUCUGAGAAUUAAAUAAACCAACACUUGCCCCCAACAUUCCCCACUACCAGAUAAGAAGCUUCUCUGACUGUGAAGUGGAAACAGUCAUAACCUACACCCAUUCUAAACAAAUCGUAUACAGGUAAGUCUAACCCUGUGUUUAAACAACAUGCCAAGAAGAGAAUGAGGAAUGUGAAAGCAAACUUCCAUACAUUUCCAAAUAUUCGUGUCUGUCUUCCAUGCAACUUACAUUAGAGUUUAAAUUAAAAGUUUAAUUUUUAAUUAAAACUCUCAGUUCUUUCACAAUAUUUGUCCUAUUUUACACAACAUCUGUCAGCCUAGAUGGCCAUCAUGAGGUGCACUAACAUUGGUUUGGUGAAACUGCUGCACUUCAUGCACCAUCAUAAUGCUUUUUUUAUGAUUCAGUUCUGAAUUCUGAAAUGUAGUUUUCCUUUAUGCACAGUGUGUGUUUGUGAUUGGUGUAUAAGUAAAAUAGGACAAACAAAGUGAAAGAAUUUAAAGUUCUAGUUAAAAUUAAAUUUUGAAUUGAAACAUCUGAUUUAAGUUGCAUAAGACGGAAAUGAAUAUUUGGAAAGAAUACAGUGCAACAGGAUGCUGAAAUACAUUAUCCAUACAUUAUUACACCUAACAUGGCAGUACAUAACAUAAUUUGCAGCCUGAACUGAAUUUUAAAUCAUAUUACACAAUCUUGACUACAUUUUACAUGGAAUCCUAAUAACAAAAUUGGAAAAUUUUCAGAUUUUGCAUAGGUAUUAUGCCUAAACUUAAUAUUGGGACUUCUCUAUAAAAUGUAAGUCUAAAACAGUGUUUCAUGAUUACAGUGUCAAAAAAGGUAUGUCAGUUAUAGUGACUGAAGUGUCUUACCUCUAAAUUAGAUUCGUUUAGUCUGAGACUGCUCAAAUUAUCAAUUUUG